AAUACAAAGUCUCCAAGGCAGUAUUUAGUGAACUGGAUUGUUACUCAAUUACUAGCAUUUAAUUAGACAGACUACAGACAUGUACUCUUGUCCACUAAAUCUUUAUAAUAUUUUUCCAUCUAAAGUUUAACUGCAAAUUUCUUGUCUUGAUUUGUUACUCAAUUAUUGGGUUUUAAUCAGGCGGUCAUGUACUCUUGUCCACUAAUUCCUUGUAAUAUUUUUCCAUAUAAACUUUAACUGCAACUUUCUUUGUUUGUUGCAGCAGUGUAAUUUAAUAAACUCUGUAAUAGAUCAACAAGCAAUGCACACCGGAACUACCAACCAAGUUGCAAAUCCUAACACUGUAGUUUGGAACAGCCCUGGAAUAUGGAUCACCUACUCCAUAUUGACUGCAUUCAUGCAUUUGGUCCUGCUUAGUAUGCCAUGGUUUAGUACGUCUGUUGCAUGGACACUUACAAAUGUAGUGCAUGGUGUUGGAAUGUAUUUUUUCUUGCAUACUAUUAAAGGAACACCUUUUGAGACCUCUGACCAGGGAAAGUAUAGAUACUCGACACACUGGGAGCAAAUGGAUUCAGGAACUCAGUUCACUGCCGCAAGAAAAUUUUUCAUGACCACUCCAAUUGUGUUGUACAUACUUGCGAGUUUUUAUUCAAAGUAUGAAUUCACCCACUUUGUGAUAAACACAUCCAUUCUGCUUCUAUCGCUACUUCCCAAGUUACCACAACUUCAUGGUGUUAGAUUGUUUGGAAUAAACAAAUACUGAAGAGUUUAUGUUCAGUAUGGGUAGUUGGGUUUUGCAGACACACUAAUGUGUGUACCUUAGAGGUGUACAGAGUCUCAUUAGUGCUCAAGUAAAUUUUAUGUUCAUCUGUUUUAAUAAUGAACAUAAUGUAUUUUAAAGUUAUUAACUUCUGAACAUUAAAUGGUCACAGCUUUUAUGUAAAUAGCCUAUAAACUAACAUUACAUUGGGCUCCAACACAAACAAGCGAACCAAAAUGUUUCUGUUAUUGAUAUUGCCCCAGUUAAAUAUACAACAAUGUUGCAAUUAAGCCAAUCCCAACGAGGAGAGGCUCAUUAUGUUAAAUAAAUAACUUGUAUAGAUUUCAUUUCUUAGUUUUUUCGCACAUGUACAAAUAAACUAAUGUUGAAAGUUUCG